CACUAAAAGUCGGUGGAUCAGUCAACAGUUCCUGCUUUCCACACGGCUCAGAGACCUUCCCCAAACCACCAGAAGAAGGAAGUGAAAAGAUCUUAAAUACUGGGACCAGAACAUUCCGGUCAUCACAAGUCUGGCUUCCCAGUCAACAUGAAGGCUCUCCUUGUUCUGGGGCUUCUGCUCCUUUCCGUCACUGUGCAGGGCAAGAUCUUUGAAAGGUGUGAGUUGGCCCGAACUAUGAAAAGACUUGGAUUGGAUGGCUACAGGGGAAUCAGCCUGGCCAAUUGGAUGUGUUUGGCCAAAUGGGAGAGUGAUUAUGACACACGAGCUACAAACUACAAUCCUGGAGACCAAAGCACUGAUUAUGGGAUAUUCCAGAUCAACAGCCGGUACUGGUGUAACGAUGGCAAAACCCCGGGAGCAGUGAACGCCUGUGGCAUAUCCUGCAAUGUCCACAGUCCCCUAGCCAGCCAGGAUCAUGGGAAGCUCGUGGGUGUUCCCAGCAUGUUCAGGUUAACCCAGAUCAAACUCCAGGUCUUCUCAUAUGGCUCUAAUAUCCUCAUGGAUGCCAUAUUACCUGUGUCACUGCACUUAAGCCUAAACUUACUGUACAAUGUGUAA